AUAUGCAUUGCUUUAACUCGCCAACGUAUUCGACAGGGGGUCCUUCGGGAUGGUCUACCGGUAAAUCCGAUUUUAAUGAGAAAGAUCGCCUUUAGAGCGAGCUCUCAACUCAACACUCUGCACAUUCGAAUUAAACCAAAAUAAAGCCCUGCAUUUGUACUAAACCAACAUCUGUUUUCUCUUUCUCAAUGGCGGCUGCAAUGUUAAAUCGUUGUGGCCGAGCCACGCAAAAUGCCGUUUCACUUUUAAGAUCUCAAUUCAAUUCAAGCCAGAAGAGCAAAUUCGCCAUUGCAGCCGUUGGUUCGCUUUAUGGCGUUGCCAAUUUUUACUCGUCUCAGGCUGGGUCAGAAGCACCUUCAACUGAAAUGACUGAAAAAGUAGCACUUGAUCCGAAGCAGUGGGUUCAAUUUAAAUUGCAAGAUGUUGCCAGAGUUAGCCCCAACACUAAUAUAUAUAGGUUUUCAUUUGAUCCUGAUGCUAAGCUUGGACUACAUGUUGCUUCAUGUAUCAUUACAAGGGCUCCAUUAGGAACAGAUGAUGAAGGAAAACCAAAAUACGUUAUUCGUCCGUAUACACCUAUUUCUGGUCCAGAAUCAAAAGGUUUUUUUGAUUUGAUGAUCAAGGUUUAUCCUGAAGGCAAAAUGAGCCAGCAUUUUGCACACCUAAAACCUGGGGAUACACUUGAAGUUAAAGGGCCCAUUGAAAAAGUUACAUACAGUCCUAACAUGAAGAAACAUAUUGGAAUGGUUGCAGGUGGGACAGGGAUAACUCCCAUGCUACAGAUUAUUGAUGCCAUUCUUAAAAAUCCGGAGGACAAGACAAAGGUGUCACUUUUGUAUGCCAAUAUAUCUCCAGAUGAUAUAUUGCUUAGGGAGAAGAUAGACGCCCUCUCGUCUAGCCACCCAAAUUUCAAGGUUUAUUAUAUCGUAGAAAAACCAACGAGUCAUUGGAGAGGUGGAGUUGGUUACAUAUCAAGUGAUAUGGUUGUGAAAGGCUUGCCUUGUCCUUCAGAAGACACCCUCAUACUGGUAUGUGGCCCUCCUGGAAUGAUGAAUCAUAUCUCUGGCGAUAAGGAUCCUGACAGAUCACAGGGGGAGGUGUCCGGACUUCUCAAGGAAGCAGGGUACACAAAAGACAUGGUAUACAAGUUUUGAGAUAAAAGUUUUCUUUCACCUGAAUAAACCUUUGCGACAAGGAAGGCUUUAAGGCUGCAGUCCUGUAAAUUUGACACGAAAAUUGAGGAUAAUCAGAAAUGGAGUUCUCUUUCAUGGAAAAAAUUGAAACUAAUCAGAAAAAGCAUGGCUAGCUUGCUGAUCUUACUUUUCUGGUUGUGUUCUUUUCCUUGCAAUCUUUAUGAAAGAUACUUAGUCACAAAUUAUUGAAAUGUUGAGUUGGCGAGACUGAGGGCUAUGGAGUGAUAAUUUUUUUUAAAUAAAUAAAAUCAUGCUUUAAGACAA